CUUGAAGCGAGCAGGAUGACCCCCCAGUGACGGACAGGCCCAUGUCUGACAGUCCAGGCACGCCACCCAGCACGCAGCCAGCCCCGCUCCAGUAACCCGGCGAAGCGCGCCCCGACAGCUUCCAGCGCUGUGUCCUCAUCCGCAGUCAAGAUGGAGUGCGUGUGGAAGCCAGACGAGCAAGGACUUCAGCAGAUUUUACAGCUGCUCAAGGAGUCCCAGUCGCCGGACACGUCCACGCAGAGAUCCGUGCAGCAAAGACUGGAGCAGCUUAACCAGUUUCCAGACUUCAACAACUACCUGAUAUUUGUUCUGACCAAGCUCAAAUCCGAAGAUGAGCCGACACGCUCCCUGAGUGGCCUGAUACUGAAAAACAAUGUCAAAGCCCACUAUCAGAACUUCCCCAACGGCGUUUCUGAUUUCAUAAAGAGAGAGUGCCUGGAAAACAUUGGAGACUCCUCGGCCCUCAUCCGCGCCACAGUGGGUAUUCUCAUCACCACCAUUGCGUCAAAGGGAGAGCUACAAAAUUGGCCUGACCUUUUGCCCAAGCUUUGCCUGCUGCUGGAUUCUGAGGACUACAACACUUGCGAGGGGGCCUUUGGAGCCCUCCAGAAGAUCUGCGAGGACUCCGCUGAGAUCCUGGACAGCGACAUGCUGGAUCGGCCUCUGAACGUCAUGAUCCCCAAGUUCCUGCAGUUCUUCAAGCACAGCAGCCCCAAGAUCAGGUCCCAUGCCAUCGCCUGUGUGAACCAGUUCAUCAUCAGCCGGACUCAGGCGCUCAUGCUGCACAUCGACUCCUUCAUUGAGAACUUGUUUGCGCUGGCGGCAGACGAGGAGCCUGAGGUGCGCAAGAACGUGUGCAGGGCUCUCGUGAUGCUGCUGGAAGUCCGUCUGGACCGACUGCUGCCUCACAUGCACAACAUCGUCGAGUACAUGCUCCUGAGGACGCAGGACCAAGACGAGAACGUGGCGCUGGAGGCCUGCGAGUUCUGGCUCACCCUGGCGGAGCAGCCUGUGUGCAAGGAGGUGCUGUGCGGCCAUCUUUCCCAGCUCUCGCCGGUGCUCGUCAACGGGAUGAAGUACUCCGAGAUCGACAUCAUCAUGCUCAAGGGUGACAUCGAGGAGGAUGAGGCCAUUCCCGACAAUGAGCAAGACAUCCGGCCGCGCUUCCACCGCUCCCGCACCGUCGCCCAGCAGCACGAGGGCGAUGGGAUCGAGGAUGAAGAUGACGACGACGACGAGCUGGACGAUGACGAUACCAUCUCGGAUUGGAACCUGCGUAAAUGCUCAGCGGCGGCGCUGGACCUGCUGGCCAACGUGUUCAGGGACGACCUGUUGCUGCACCUUCUGCCGCUCCUCAAGGAGCUGCUCUUCCAUCCCGAGUGGGUGGUGAAAGAGUCCGGGAUCCUCGUGUUGGGCGCCAUUGCUGAAGGAUGCAUGCAGGGAAUGAUCCCGUACCUGCCCGAGCUGAUUCCCCACCUCGUCCAGUGUCUGUCAGACAAGAAAGCCCUGGUGCGCUCCAUCACCUGCUGGACGCUGAGCCGCUACGCCCACUGGGUCGUCAGCCAGCCACCCGACGUCUACCUGAAGCCGCUCAUGACCGAGCUUCUCAAGCGCAUCCUGGACAGCAACAAGCGUGUGCAGGAAGCCGCUUGCAGUGCCUUUGCCACCUUGGAGGAGGAGGCUUGUACUGAACUUGUGCCCUACCUGGCGUUCAUCCUGGACACGCUGGUGUUCGCUUUCAACAAAUACCAGCACAAAAACCUCCUGAUACUGUACGACGCCAUCGGGACUCUCGCAGACUCAGUGGGACACCAUCUAAAUAAACCGGAAUACAUCCAGAUGUUGAUGCCUCCGCUCAUCCAGAAAUGGAACCAGCUGAAAGAUGAAGACAAAGACCUCUUCCCUUUAUUAGAAUGUUUGUCCUCAGUAGCGACGGCCCUGCAGAGCGGCUUCCUGCCCUACUGCGAGCCCGUGUACCAGCGUUGCGUUAACCUUGUCCAGAAGACUCUCGCUCAGGCCAUGCUUUACCAGUCCCAGCCAGACCAGUACGAGGUGCCCGACAAAGACUUCAUGAUCGUGGCUUUGGAUCUCCUCAGUGGCCUGGCCGAGGGUUUGGGAGGCACCAUUGAGCAGCUUGUCGCCCGCAGCAACAUCCUCACGCUCAUGUACCAGUGCAUGCAGGACAAAAUGCCCGAAGUGCGUCAGAGUUCCUUCGCCCUGCUGGGGGAUCUGACCAAGGCGUGUUUCCAGCACGUCAAACAGUGCAUUGCUGACUUUAUGCCAAUACUAGGCACCAAUCUAAACCCCGAGUUUAUAUCCGUGUGCAACAAUGCAACAUGGGCAAUCGGAGAGAUAUCCAUACAAAUGGGGCCUGAAAUGCAGCCUUACGUUGCCAUGGUGCUGCACCAGCUGGUGGAGAUCAUUAACAGGCCCAACACGCCAAAGACCCUUCUGGAAAACACAGCAAUAACAAUUGGUCGUCUUGGUUACGUUUGUCCUCAAGAGGUGGCACCCAUGCUACAGCAGUUUAUAAGACCCUGGUGUACUUCCCUGCGAAAUAUAAGAGACAAUGAGGAGAAAGACUCGGCAUUCCGAGGAAUGUGCACGAUGAUCAGCGUCAACCCGGGAGGUGUCGUGCAGGAUUUUAUCUUCUUUUGCGAUGCGGUGGCCUCCUGGGUCAACCCGAAAGAAGACCUGCGAGACAUGUUCUACAAGAUCCUUCAUGGCUUCAAGAACCAGGUUGGCGAAGAGAACUGGAGCCGCUUUUCAGACCAGUUCCCCAUGCCGCUCAAAGAGCGUCUGGCCAGCUUCUACGGGGUGUAACAGUGGGGUCCUUGACGCGGGGAGACAACAUAGGGAAACCUCUUUUACCCAGGGAACAUGUCAACCCUUUACUAGGGGGGGGAAGUCUGCCUG